AUGAGCUCUUCUGCCCCUUCGAAGAACUCUGCUGGUAUGAGCUUGACGAUCCGACCCUCGACCACUGCCAGCCUCGGUGGUCUCCCGCUCAGGUCGACUUCAACAUUGACGGCAACUCCCGCUCACUCCCCCGCGUCUCAACAGGCCCCAGCGCCCGCUCCUGCCCCAGGAUUUGGCACCUCAUUCGUCUUGUCUUCUUCUCGUUCCAAUCAUCUCCGUCUACUCUCGCCAGAAGCUAUCGCGCGCCAUGCUCUCGGUUCGCCUUCUGUACCAGUCCGCGGGCCGCCGCGAUUGGCCGAGGGGUUCAUACCCUUCCCCGCCCCUGCUCCUCCUGCCGCCGACGAUCCACGAGUAGUCUUUGCGAACACUACCCCGGAAACACAUCGCUCGCCAUCGAAGAGCUCUGAACCUGCCUAUACUCAUACGUACGGAUCGGGUUACAUUGCACAUUCGAAUGGGGCAGGCCCGGGUCCAAGUACGGCGGCGGCAUGGCGAGGGGCUGCUGGGGCUGGACGACUCAGCACGAUCCAAGAAGGAAGCUCGCACAGGAGCCUCUCACCACCUCCCGCCGCAGUCCCUGCGCCGCUGUCGAUCUCACGCGAGUCUUCACGGACGACGACGACGACGACGACGACGACCUCUGAUGGCGGUGUAUCCGCCGCAUCAGCUGCAACGUCGCCUAUCAGCGCUGUCUCAGAGCUCAGCGGCAGCGCUGAUAUCAGUGUCGGCGCCUCGACGAAGAUCAAGAGUAUACGUUCGAGACCGACGCAGAAGCCGUGGGCGCCAUCUCCCGCUCGUGGGAAGAGCGUUGAUGCUUCGUUGAGUUUCGCGGAUUUCACGGUGUGGAAUGUGAGGAGCGAGGACUUCGGACAGUCAAAGAAAGAAGCCCGAAGGAAUUGCGCUGAUUCAUCGCCAUCGACUGCUGGAUCGGGUUCGACUGGUCCGCAACCGGAGCUCGUACGUCAACGCGAAGAAGACGAUAACUUUGGGCGUGAGCUUGACGAGCUCGAGAGCGUUGUCUCGGAUAUGAGCGAGAAGCUUGCGGCGCUGCACUUUGUCGGCCGAGAAGAUCUGCUAUCUCCUGAUAGUGGCGAGUCGCUAGAGGCGAGCAAGACGAAGGACAGGGAGAGGGAGAAGAGUAGGAGGGAGAGGAGGGAGGCGAAGCGUAUGGUGGAGAAGGAUGCUGCACCAGAGACUCCGAUCAAGAGCAAGAGCCCCCAGCGGCCGCCUCUCUCGAGGAAGUCGAGUUCAUCAGGCGCAUCGGGUCUGUCGGCUUCUUCCGCACGCUUCAGAGCAGGGCCCGCACCGCCGCUCGUCUUUAGCGCGUCAUGA